GCACCACCUGUGCCACUCUGCAGUGUCACACACCUGUGCCCAGAAGUGCCACCUACCUGUGCCCAGCAGUGCCACCCACCUGUGCCCACCCACCAGUGCUGUCCACCAGUGCAGCCCAGCAGUGCUGCCAGUCAUCAGUGCCGUCUAUCAGUACCCAUCAUCAGUGCCGCCUAUCAGUGCUGCAUAUUAGUGCCGCCUAUCCGUGACACCUCAUUAGUGCUGUCUAUCAGUGCCGCCUAUCCGUGCCACCUCAUUAGUACUGCCUAUCAGUGCCCUUUAGUGCCGCCUAUCAGUGCCCAUCAGUGCUGCCUCAUCAACGCACAUCAG